AUGAAAAAUGGUUUGGAUGUUAAAGACUUUAAUGUGCCAGAGACAUAUCUGAAGUACGCGAAAUAUCGUACGGAAAAGCUCUGGUCUGAUACUAAGAGAAUUUAUGCGAACGGAUUCAUUCGGAAAUGGUCGCUGUGGUGGGCGAUGACAACUUGCAUGUCUUUGCAGGUUAGCCUGAAUUUUCCGAUGAGGGAUGAUUUGUUGAAGAACUGCUUUUGUAUUUUCCCGGAAGGCUUUGUGUAG